UCUGCUCCCAGCGUCUAUAAAUAACCCAAAGCCCACUCAUCUUCUUCGCUCGUGCCAUCUCUUCUUCUCUUAUCUGUCCUUCCAACCAGAGUGCGAUAUAAUACCCCUCAAGAACCGCUCUUUGCUUCGCACUCCGUUUCUCUCUCCGAAAGAACAAUGGCAUCCCACAUUGUUGGAUAUCCCCGCAUGGGCCCCAAGAGAGAGCUCAAGUUCGCUUUGGAGUCAUUCUGGGAUGGCAAGAGCAGUGCUGAGGAUUUGCAGAAGGUGGCUGCUGAUCUCAGGUCAUCCAUCUGGAAGCAGAUGUCUGACGCUAGAAUCAAGUACAUUCCCAGCAACACAUUCUCUUACUAUGACCAGGUUCUGGACACCACUGCAAUGCUCGGUGCUGUUCCACCCAGAUAUAACUGGAAUGGUGGUGAGAUCGGAUUCGAUGUUUACUUCUCCAUGGCCAGAGGAAAUGCAUCUGUACCCGCCAUGGAAAUGACCAAGUGGUUUGACACCAACUACCACUUCAUUGUACCUGAAUUGGGUCCUGAUGUCACCUUCUCUUAUGCUUCUCACAAGGCAGUGACUGAGUACAAGGAGGCUAAGGCGCUUGGCGUAGAUACAGUCCCAGUCCUUGUUGGUCCUGUCUCCUAUUUGUUGCUCUCUAAACCUGCUAAGGGUGUUGAGAAGACAUUCUCUCUUCUCUCCCUCCUCAACAAAAUCCUUCCGGUCUACAAGGAGGUCAUCUCUGAGCUUAAAGCAGCCGGUGCUUCAUGGAUUCAGUUUGAUGAGCCCACACUUGUGUUGGAUCUUGAUGCUCACAAAUUGCAAGCGUUCACUGAUGCCUACUCAGAACUAGAAUCGACUCUAUCUGGUUUGAGUGUUCUCAUUGAGACCUACUUUGCUGAUGUUCCCGCUGAGGCAUACAAGACCCUCACUGGUUUGAAGGGUGUUACUGGUUAUGGAUUUGAUUUGGUUCGUGGAACCAAGACCCUUGAUUUGAUUAAGGGUGGUUUUCCCAAAGGCAAAUACCUCUUUUCUGGAGUUGUUGAUGGAAGAAACAUUUGGGCCAAUGAUCUUGCUUCUUCUCUUAGCACCCUUCAGGAGCUUGAGGGCAUUGUAGGCAAAGAGAACCUUGUGGUCUCCACCUCCUGCUCUCUUCUCCACACCGCUGUUGACCUAGUUAACGAGACUAAGCUAGACAAGGAAAUUAAAUCAUGGCUUGCAUUUGCUGCCCAGAAGGUUGUUGAAGUGAAUGCAUUGGCCCAGGCUUUGGCUGGUCAGAAGGAUGAGGCAUUCUUCUCUGCUAAUGCUGCUGCUCAGGCUUCGAGGAAGUCCUCCCCAAGAGUGACAAAUGAGGCUGUUCAGAAGGCUGCUGCUGCUUUGAAGGGUUCUGACCACCGCCGUGCAACUAAUGUUAGUGCCAGACUGGAUGCUCAGCAAAAGAAGCUUAACCUUCCAGUCCUCCCAACUACCACCAUUGGGUCAUUCCCACAAACUCUGGAACUCAGGAGAGUCCGCCGUGAAUACAAAGCUAAGAAGAUCUCUGAGGAUGAUUACGUUAAAGCCAUCAAGGCAGAGAUCAAGAAGGUCGUUGCUCUCCAAGAAGAUCUUGACAUUGAUGUCCUGGUUCAUGGAGAACCUGAGAGAAACGACAUGGUUGAGUACUUUGGGGAGCAGUUGUCAGGUUUUGCCUUCACUGUCAACGGUUGGGUGCAAUCAUAUGGGUCACGGUGUGUGAAGCCACCAAUCAUCUACGGUGAUGUGAGCCGCCCUAACCCAAUGACUGUCUUCUGGUCCUCAACCGCUCAGAGCAUGACAUCCCGCCCAAUGAAGGGAAUGCUUACCGGCCCUGUCACAAUUCUCAAUUGGUCCUUUGUCAGAAAUGACCAACCCAGACAUGAAACCUGCUACCAGAUUGCUUUGGCCAUCAAGGACGAGGUGGAAGAUCUUGAGAAGGCAGGCAUCAACGUUAUUCAAAUUGAUGAGGCUGCUUUGAGAGAAGGAUUGCCUCUUAGGAAGUCAGAGCAAGCUUUCUACUUGGAAUGGGCUGUCCACUCCUUCAGAAUCACCAACGUCGGUGUCCAGGACACUACCCAGAUCCACACUCACAUGUGCUACUCCAACUUCAAUGAUAUCAUCCACUCAAUUAUUGAUAUGGACGCGGAUGUGAUCACCAUUGAGAACUCUCGAUCAGAUGAGAAGCUCCUUUCUGUCUUCCGCGAGGGAGUGAAGUAUGGUGCUGGAAUUGGUCCUGGCGUCUAUGAUAUCCACUCUCCUAGAAUACCAUCUACUGAGGAAAUUGCUGACAGGAUCAACAAGAUGCUUGCGGUGCUUGAGACAAACAUCUUGUGGGUUAACCCUGACUGCGGACUCAAGACCCGCAAAUACUCUGAAGUGAAGCCGGCCCUUAAAAACAUGGUUGCCGCUGCUAAGCUCCUGCGCACAGAGCUUGCCAGUGCCAAGUGAGAGAGAGGUUGGGGCUGCGGAAGCUAUUUGGUUGGUUUUUUUAGCGAAGAGGAGAGAAGGGAAAAUUUGUCAUAUUAAUUUUUAAUAAUUGCGGGUUGAUGAGGGUAAUUGGUUUCCAUUUUUAAUUUUCUUUUCGAUUGUUUUUGUUUUCCUUCUUUUCAAGAAUAGUUUGUAUUUCUGGGAUUAUGCCAUCUUCAAGGCACUGAGAUGGGCAUGGAAGUUGUACUUCACUGAAUGAAAAUGAUGCAAUAUCAUACCUGUUUGUGGAUUAAAAA